AGUGGAUGAUGAUCGCACAUAACGCGAUAUCGUAUACGAUUAGAAAGAUAUUUGCGUCUUGGAAACUAUCGAAGCUACUUACACAAAACCGAUCGUUCCUAUUUGAAUUCGUUUUGCAUAGAAACGUGCACAAUGACACUGAUAUUUCAAGACGACGGUAAUAAAUUAAAAUGAUUCAAGAUUGUUCGUGUACGAUGCGGUCGCAAAGACAGUGAACGAAUAAAAUUCAUCCGUUCGUAAACGAGAGACGAUCAUCAACAAAACGUUCCUGUAACGAGAUCCGUGGCGACACAAGAUAACGUAACGCUUAUAAAACUGCAGACACACUUACAUCACGAUUUACAUGCCCGCGUUUCUUAGAAGUUUCCCCUAUCACGUUCCCCCUUCCUUCGGUUUAAUCCAAAUUCUCUGUACUUCUUGAUCUCUUCGCGAGAUCGAGCACAAGCGAAGCUGAUGAAGAAGAGAAAAAUAGUUCGCGGUGGGAGUUAAACUGUUAGUACGAUCACUGUCGACGAGAAGUUAACAGUCGCGACGAAGGUUCCGGACUGCCUUGAAGCCAUGCGACUAAUCCUUGUUUUCCUCCUCUUUUUGGCGGGAGCAGCUUUUUCGAGGAUCUACGAUAAAAGACGUUUCGAUCGUUCGCUUCGCUACGAUUUCGAAUCGCCAGACACAGACGAUCAUUUGAAAAGAAAGCAAUGGACAUUCACGGACUAUGAAACGCAUUUCAGAGCAUACAAAGAUAGACAAGAAAACAGUUGUUAUAUAGAGAAACUGGAAGAGGGUGUUAUCCCUGAAGAAUUUUCGGAGAAUGGGAUCGAGGAAGAAGCAUCAAAAAUACUUUACGUACCGAACGAAUUUUUGACGAAAUUCGAGGCAUGGCGAAUAGCUGGAGGCAGAAUUACUGAUUUUUGCAAUGGACGUAAAAUUAUCCUGUUGCAAAGGACUGUACCGAUACUCGCAGAAACGAUAGAUCCCUUUUUUAAUAUACUACCUAUCGAUGAGAAUGACAUCGUGCCGAGGAGAGUAGCCGACGUUGUGUUAACGCCACUGAUAAGCCGAGCAAAAAGAGAAAUCGUACUUGAAGAGAGGCAAAAAUUAAAUGAAAACGCCAAGCGGAAUCGCUUGCGUCGUCAAGUACAAGGGCCUCCUGGUAGAUUUCGUGGACAGACACAAUCGCAAUAUUUAAACAUUGGCAAUAAUGAUAAGAAGGAAGGGAAAGCCGAAGCUGAAGCUACUCAACAAUCGUCUCGCGCGGUUGUCAGUGGAAGCAACGGAAUGGGACAAGCGCAAAGUAUGUCAUUAGGAAGUAUCGGAUGCGAGGGUUGCCCAGAAUACGAUAGAGCAGGUCCACCAGGCAGAUACAUACAAGUUCCAGCCAUUCCAGGAAUCAAACAACCAGGAGAGGCUCCUCCCUCUAACAUAAUUACUGCUGGCGUGGGUCCGACUUACCCUGGCAGACUACCUGGUAGAAUACCUGGUGGUGAAGUCCAGUAUCCUGCCGGGAAUGGACGCGUUUAUCCUGGGAAAAUACCUGGCGGUGCAACUUAUCCUGGUAGUGCCCCUGGUGUUGCAACUGGCGAUAUUACGUAUCCUGGAGGUACACCUGGUACUACUCUUGGAGGUCGUGUAAUUUAUCCAGGCACUGUUCCUGGGACCGUGCCUGGUGCUGUUCCCGGCAGUGUUCCUGGUGCUGUUCCGGGUACUGUUCCCGGUGCUGUUCCCGGUGCUGUUCCCGGCACUGUUCCUGGUGCUGUACCUGGUACUGUUCCUGGUGCUGUUCCGGGUACUGUUCCCGGUGCUGUUCCUGGGACCGUAACUCGUGUUAUUCCCGGCACUAUUCCUGGUGUUGUUCCUGGCACUGUACCUGGUGCUGUUCCUGGUACUGUUCCCGGCACUGUUCCUGGCACUGUACCUCGUGUUAUUCCCGGCACUAUUCCUGUUCCUGGUGCUGUUCCUGGCACUGUUCCUGGCACUGUUCCUGGCACUGUUCCUGGUGCUGUACCUGGUGCUAUACCCGAUGGACGCAUAAGUUAUCCUGGAAGUAAAACCGGUACUGUCAUUGGUGGUGUGUAUUAUCCCGGGGGUGUACCCGGUAGUGGUGUAACCUAUCCCGGAGGUGUUAUUACACCAGGUGAUACAACUUACCCUGGAAGUACACUAGGUAUUACGGUUGGUGGUGGUGCUGUAGCUUAUCCUGGCGGUGCACCAGGCACUGUACAUUAUCCCGGCAGAAUACCUGGCACUACAGUUGACGGUGGAGUGGCUUAUCCUGGUGCACCUUAUCCUGGAGGUGCGCCUGGUACAAUUUAUCAAACGUAUCCUGCUGUAGUACCGGGAACAGGGGAUUCUCAAGCUGUGUCCCAAGCAGCUGCAGAUGCGAAACUGUAUCCUGGUGCACAGAUUCCGACACCUCAAUACGUGGGACCUUCCUAUCCAGGUAGGGGCGGUGAAAUAGGAGGACCAGGGACUUUAACUGGGAUUACUACAGCAGAUGGUAGAGGUGUUUAUCAAGGAGGUUUGCCACCAACUGGACAAACUAUUCAUUAUCCAGGGAAAGUGAUACCAGGUGGAACAAUGUUACCCGGAGGUGGUGUAACUUAUCCUGGGGGUACUGUACCGAGCGGUACGGGAUACGUACCAGGGGAUGGAAGAUAUCCUACCGGACCGGUUGGUCCCGAAGGUACUGGGAUUCAAAUAGGACCGGGUAAUCUUCAAAAACCUGGACCUGACCAAACAGGAGCCUCUUAUCCUCCUUUAAUAAGGUAUCCCGAAGACGGUGUGAUUCAAACGCCCGAAGGUGGGAAAUAUCCCGACAGGCAAACAGUGAUUCCCGGUUACGAAGUACCAGGACAAUAUCCUGAUACAACGUGGCAUGAUAGAGGUGUGCAGCAAUAUCCAACUGACGGACGAGGCAUCGGACGAUAUCCAGGAUUGCAAUAUAUACCGGGUGCAGGAGAAGUUCCUCAGUAUUAUCAGAAACCUGGAACCCCUCUGCCCGCAGAAGACGACAACGCUAAUUCUCAAGCAUCCAGUUCUGUGAAACAAACGGAUGCCGGUACUCAAGCGAGCGCGUCGGCCCAAGGGAAGUUUGGACAGGGCACAGCUCAAUCUCAAGUAGCGGGCACUUACAGCGGUUCGGGAUCGUUCUCGGCGCAAGCUGGUAGCACCGACAACGAUAAAAGUGCGCAAACGGAAAUUAACGGAGGUAAAGACGGUGCUACGAGCAAUGCUCAAGGAGUGGGUGGUCGCGGGAAGAGUCAGGCGCAGGUUCAGUUGAAUUCGGAAUCAGGUGCCACCUCAACGGGCGCGCAAAGCAGCGGUUGGAAUCAUGGGACGAAUUCUCAGGUGCAAGCAAGCGCGAAAGGUGGAAUGGCGGAUGCUCAAGCAAACGGCGAAGGGAGUACUUCCAGUCAAGCGCAAAUUGGUUUUCAACCGUAUCUCAAAACAGAUGAGGAAGUUGAGAAAUACGCCAGACCUUUCCGCGGCGGUGGCACGGCCUCUGCGCAAAGUGGAACUUACACGGGACAAUCUCAAUCGCAACUCGAAGGAUCUUUCCAAUAUGGAAUCAAUUAUUCCGGUGCUGCGCAGGCGGGAUCAGGAUCUGGUGCAGCAGCUUCUCGAAAGCCGUUUAAUUUUAGUCUUACAGACACGGAUCUCUUCAAAUCGUUCAAGCCGUCUAACGCCCCUGAAGCGACGAAUGCGUCGGAAACUACUCAACAAGGUUUGCAGACUAGUUCUACUUCUAGAAGAAAAAUCGUUGCCAAGCCAGCGGAUGAGAAGACAGAAGCGGAUGACGAUGUGUACGAUUACGAAGAAGAGUACGAAGAUGACUAUGAUAACGUACAGGAUGAAAGUUCGAUAAAACCCAAGGUGGCGAAAAUUUAUGUCGCGGAACAAAACGAUAGCGACCAUCAAUCGCAAACGAUACGUGUUGCCACUGGGGGCAAUUACGAUGUGCAUAUAAAACAAGACAGAAAUGCGCAGGCUGGUGACAUGCUUCAACCUGGACAAUCGUUAUCAGGAUAUACGAUACCCGCUGGUUUUCGUGGGAGAGUAACGUCCGUAGCCGGUGACGAAACUGUCGCCCAAGGCAGUGGGAAAUCUCAGUCUCAAACUGUUUCUUUGGUUCCCAAAAGGCCGAGUACGAUCUAUGAGAACAAGUCUCCCAUCUCGGAAAUCAGAUCUCUCAAAACGAAUCACGAAAGAUUAGCCGAAGGUCGCGCCUCAGCUAAAGAGACACAGAAAAAUAAUUCUCAGCUUAAAAUUCAACAAACUUCGAACGCAUCAAUCAAGCCAAGUUAUUACACAGUGACGAACAGUGUUGCUGGGAAAAUGGAUGACAGAAAUUCACCGAGAAAGUACGAGCAUCGUUAUUAUACGAAAAGUUCGACUUGCGGAUAUUUUACAUUCUCUUGUAACGUCGUCUAUGGAUCGAAUGGUAGAACGAAAAUUUGCAAACCGAGAAUGCCGACUUAUCCCGACGGUACACCGAUGAAAUGUUAAAUGAAAAGUUAAU